UAAAUCUUCCUUUAAAAUACGACUGCUACUGUUUCCUUCUUCCCCCUCACUUUCCCUCUCCCAAUUUCAAAAUUCUCUAAAAUUUGCGCCGACGCCGUCGCCGCCUCUAUCAAUGGCUGCGACACAAAAGAAGAGAAAACCGGCAGCCAUCGCAAUCCCCACUAACGACAUCGAAGAUUUCUCCGAGUCCGAAACCCUAGACAUCCGCUCCGCCCUUCUCCGCUGGUACGACGAGAAUCUUCGAGAUUUGCCAUGGAGGGCGCCGGAAACCACCACCGGAACCCUUCUGACGCCGGCUGACGUGGAGCAGAGAGCGUACAUGGUGUGGGUCUCGGAAGUCAUGCUCCAACAAACUCGCGUCUCCACUGUGAUCGGCUACUUCAAUCGCUGGAUGGAAAAAUGGCCCACGAUCCGCGAUCUCGCAGCAGCCACUCUCGAGGAGGUGAAUGAGAUGUGGGCUGGUUUGGGGUAUUAUCGGAGGGCUCGAUUCCUCUUGGAGGGGGCGAAGGCCAUUGUUGAUGAAGGGAAGUUUCCGAGAUCUGCUUCAGAGCUUCGUAGAGUGAAGGGAAUUGGAGACUACACUGCAGGAGCAAUUGCUUCCAUUGCUUUCAAUGAGGUGGUGCCUGCGGUGGAUGGUAAUGUUGUGAGGGUAAUUACAAGGCUCAAAGCUAUCUCUGCAAACCCAAAAGAAGCUGGAACUGUGAAGCUUUUAUGGAAACUGGCAAGGCAAUUGGUUGAUCAUUUAAGGCCUGGUGACUUCAAUCAGGCCAUAAUGGAACUAGGAGCAACUUUAUGCAGUUCAACAAAUCCUACCUGUUCUAAAUGCCCAGUUUUCGAUCAAUGCCGAGCAUUUUUACUGUCGAAAAAGAGCGAGAAAUUAAAGGUCACUGAUUACCCAACAAAGGUAGCAAAGACCAAACAAAGACAAAAUUUUGCUGCAGUUUCUGUAGUUGAGAUAGCAGAGUUUGAUGAGCAGGUUUUGAAUUAUAACGGUCAAAAAUCUGUGUUUCUUCUGGUGAAGAGACCUGAAAAUGGAUUGCUUGCUGGGCUUUGGGAGUUCCCUUCAGUUAUAUUGGACGAAGGGAGUAUGAAUCAAUGCAUGAGGAGGAAAGAAAUUGAUAAUUAUCUGAAGAAAUUUUUUGAACUUGAUGUUGGAGAAAAUUGCAGAGUUAUGUUGAGAAAAGAUGUUGGUGAAUACAUUCAUGUUUUUUCUCACAUAAGGCUUCAAAUGUAUGUUGAAUUGUUGGUUUUAACUCUCAAAGAAGGAUUUACUCAGUUAAACAGUGCUGAGAAUGGGAGUUCUAUAACAUGGAAGUGUGUUGAUGGAAAUUCAAUCAGGAACAUGGGCUUGACAUCAGGAGUAAGGAAGGUGUACAACAUGACACGAGAUUUUAAGGAGGAAAAGGUGUUGCAGAAACCAAAGAGAAUGCCAAGUAAGAAAGCUAAACUAUUAUUAAAAUGAAUGAAGCUUGUUGGUAUGAAUGUACUGCCUUUUUUUUCUUGUUGUUGUGGAAAGUCAGUUCCCAUGUUUGUUUAUGGAGGCAUUUGCUUACAUAACAUCCAAUUCUCAUGUAUUUACAUAUCUAAUGCCUUUUUUUUUAUUUUCUUUUUGCAUUUAAACUGCCCAAAUAUUUCACAUCACAUCUAAAAAUAUGACUAUUAUAACUUUU